AUGCUUCAACUCCAGCAACACAUCCCCACAGACCUGACCUUCUCAUGGACAGGCGCCUUCUGCGGCUUCGUCGCCUUUCAACAUUGCAUCGGCAACAUACUCGCCAAGAAGAUCUACAAAUCCUUCGGUGAGGGUGAAGGAUUCGGCUCCAUCACAAACCCUCGGAUCGCGGGAUCUGGACUCGCCGUCAACUAUGCUCUACAAAUCCUCGCAUGCGUGCUUGCGGGGGGCUAUUCUACGGGGACUAUGGAAGCGAGGACAGGCGUAUCGAUGGACGGCAACAAGGCUGUGAUGGCGACGAUGGCGGCAAUCUGGCUCUGGAGUAAAAUCUUCGCGGACUCGCCUUGGUUGAGUCGAAGGUUUGGCUUGAUGAUUCAGUGGGUAUCGGAUUUCUUGAGUGCAGGAUGA